UUUGUUUGCAUUUCUUCUCAAAAAUGAAUGUACCGGAAAUAUCUAAGCAUCUUACAGACGAACUCACGCUUCAAGCAAUAAAAAGCGAUGUAUUUUCUUCAUUUCACAAAUUCAAGAAAAGGCGACUUAAGCCAAACAAUUGUCCCCCCGCCGUAACAAGUAAUUCUCACUUCAGCUCCAAAGAGGAUUAUGCCAUCACCCUCGACAAUUUGGCCAAAGAAUUUGAUGAGCGUUGGACCCAAACUCAGCCAUCCCCAUACACAAAUUUGGAGAAUUAUUUGCAGCGUGCAGUGUUGGGCAACGGCAGCUUUGGCACUGUGAUGUUGGUGAAGGAGCGUUCUGGGAAGAACUACUAUGCUGCCAAAAUGAUGAAUAAAGAGGAUCUGGUGCGUCUAAAGCAGGUUCAGCAUGUCCACAAUGAAAAGAGUGUUCUGAAUGCUGUCCGCUUUCCCUUCCUGGUCCAUUUAAUUGACUCCACCAAGGACUUUGACUAUCUCUAUCUGGUGCUGCCAUUUAUCAAUGGCGGCGAACUCUUUAGCUAUCAUCGCAAAGUUCGAAAAUUCAACGAGAAACAGUCACGAUUUUAUGCCACACAGGUUCUACUUGGCUUGGAGUAUAUGCAUCGCAUGAGCCUACUCUAUCGGGAUCUCAAGCCGGAGAAUAUACUACUAGAUGCCAAGGGCUACAUCAAGUUAACCGACUUUGGAUUUGCCAAGCGCGUGGAGGGACGCACUGCCACACUUUGCGGCACGCCGGAAUAUCUGGCACCGGAAAUCAUUCAGUUGAAGCCGUACAAUAAAAGCGUCGACUGGUGGGCCUUUGGCAUAUUGGUAUAUGAGUUUGUGGCUGGUCGUUCUCCAUUUUCCGCACAUAAUCGCGAUGUAAUAAUGAUGUACUCAAAGAUUUGUAUGGGGGAUUAUCGGGUGCCUACCUAUUUUACGACGCAGCUGAAAUCUCUGGUCGAGAAUUUGGUGUGUGUGGAAACAGCCAAGCGGUUGGGUAGCACGGGAGACGAUGCUAUUGAGCUCAAGAAUCAUGCUUGGUUCCAAGGCGUUGACUGGUAUGCGGUUCUAAAUCAGGAAAUCAAUCCGCCCUAUAUACCAACAGUAUCGAAUAUUGAGGAUAUAUCAAAUUUCGAUAAUUUUGAAUCAAAGUCAAGAAUAAAGUCCAAAGUGAAUCGCCAUCCAGAACUAUUUCAUUUCUUCUAAAAAAAAGCGAACGCUUUCUUCUUAUGUCUUUUCGAUCUACUCAGUCAUCUAUGUAUACAAUUUCACACACGAAUAUCAACAACAUGUCAACAGAAUUUAUAUGUUUUACAAAAUUUAUUGUUAACAUAUUUCCUUCCAUAUAC